CACGUGAGCGCGUAUAAAACGGCAACGUGAGCCUGUACUAACUGUGUUGGUUCCCUUUUGAAGGUGAAGCGUUCACUAGCGUGUACCACCGACCUCCAUUCAAUUCAGCCUGAAGAUGUCGACCGUGUCUGCUGCUGGCCCAGAGUCUGUGACUGAGGCCCCUGAGCAGAAGCCACUGAAACCAUGUUGUGCUUGUCCAGAGACAAAGAAAGUCAGGGACGCCUGCAUCAUUGAAAAAGGAGAGGAAAGCUGCACAGACCUGAUCGAGGCGCAUAAAGAUUGCAUGCGGGCGCUUGGAUUCAAGAUUUAAGUACUCCAUUUGUGUGUGUGAGUGUGUGUGUUGCUGUGCAAGAUGCCCCUGAGUGUUCCUCUCCCCCUCCUUUGUACCUCUACUUGAAGGGAAAUGUGACUAAGCACUUCGGCUCUGAUGGGUUGAUUGACUUUCUGUGAAAUUGUUUUUUAAAACUUUUUUGAGAAAUGUGUGAAUAUCUAAACUGCUGUCUGAAUAAAAGUCCUAUGCAAUAA